UCGGCACCGAGUCGGACACCACCAUAUCUAGUUAGGAUAAACCUUAUCCACUAAAUAUAUUUUUAAAAGCAUUAACUUAUACAUACUUACCAGUUUUUUUCACUCAAAUUCUGAUUACACCCGAUGAAGACCCUCUAUUCUCCUCCUCCUCCUCUUGAAAAGCAGUUGCAGUUGGGGACACAAUCACUCCAUGGAGACGCCUUAAUCUUUCACACCCCAUUGGCCAAGAAAACACCACCAAACUGUUUAAACUUUAGCAAUGUUUCAGAUAAGUCUCCUCCAACCUCUUUUUCUUCGUCAAAUUUCUGUUUCUCUCAUCAUUUCAAGCACCUCAAUUCCUUACUGUCAGUCAAAGUAAAACAUGCCCAGACCAUAAAAAUGUCCGCAAAUUGGAGUUCAGGAGCAAAAAUGCAAUCUUUAGUCACAUCUUACUUGGCAUUCGGUGAUCCUCGCUCAGCAGCUAUGCUGUUUCUUGUCGAUUCACCUGGAAAUUGCCUCUACUGGAACAGUUUCCUUCAAGAAUUUAAGAUUAAAGGGGGAAUCCCCUUUGAGAUUCUUCAAGUUUUCUGUGUUUUACAUCACAAAGGUGUGAGCUUUGAUGAUGGAUCCCUUACUGUGAUAUUGAAACUAUGUGCAAAUUUAAAAGAGCUAUGCUUGGGAUUGCAAGUUCAUGCAUAUUUGAUCAAGAAAGGCUUUGAUUUGGAUGUUUAUAUAAAAUGUGCUCUAAUGAAUUUCUAUGGAAGAUGUGAGAGAAUACACAGCGCUAAUCUGGUAUUUAGUGAGACGUCGGACUGCAAUUUCCAACUGUGGAAUGAGAUAGUUUUGGUAAAUUUGAGGAGUGAGAGAUGGAAGCAUGCUAUAGGAUUAUUUAGGGAAAUGCAAUUUUCAUAUGUCAAGUCUAAUAGCUUUACACUAGCUAAAGUUUUGAAAGCUUGCUCAAGGACUGAAGCCCUUCAUCAAGGAAGACAGAUACAUGGGUAUGUAAUUCGACGACUAGCACUGGAAUCAAACUUGCUUAUAUGCAAUUCACUAAUUAGCAUGUACUGCAAAAGCAAAGAACUUGAAUUAGCUAGAAAAGUUUUUGACUUGAUGGAAAGUAGAAACUUAUCUUCAUGGAACUCGAUCAUUUCGGGGUAUAGUGCACUCGGAUAUUUAGAUGAGGCCUGGAGUUUAUUUUCUGAGAUGGAAAAAUCCGGCAUAAAGCAUGACAUUAUAACCUGGAAUUGUCUCUUGUCAGGUCAUUUUCUUCAUGGAUCAUACAGAGAAGUUUUGAGCAUUUUAUGUAGUAUGCAGUUGUCUGGUUUCAAGCCUAACUCAAGCUCCAUAAUUAGUGCUCUUCAAGCCAUUAGUGAAUUACAGAUCUUGAAUUUCGGAAAGGAAAUUCAUGGUUAUGUAAUAAGAAAUGGUUUAGAUUAUGACAUAUGUGUUGGAACUUCAAUGCUAGACAUGUACGUGAAGAACAAUGACCUACUCAAUGCUCAGGCUGUUUUUGAUUGUAUGAGUAGGAGAAAUAUUUUUGCUUGGAAUUCAUUAAUCUCAGGAUAUUCUUUCAAGGGCCAAUCUGAGGAUGCUGUGAAACUACUGAAGCGUAUGGAAAGUGAAGGAAUCAAACCUGAUAUAGUGACAUAUAAUAGUCUGGUGUCUGGAUAUGCUUUCUGGGGAAACAUUGAUGAAGCUCUGGAUAUUAUCCGUCGAAUGAAAAUUUCUGGGUGCACACCUAAUGUUGUUACAUGGACUGCAUUGAUAUCAGGAUGUUCACAAAAUGAAAAGUACAAGGCUGCCCUGGAGUUCUUUGUAGAGAUGCAGAAAGAAGGUAUAAAGCCCAACUCAACCACGGUAUUGUGUUUGCUUCAAGCUUGUGCGGGUCUUUCUUUGUUACACAAAGGAAAAGAGAUACAUUCAAUAGCUAUCAGGAAUGGUUUUAUAGAAGAUGUAUACGUCAUGACAACCCUGGUCGACAUGUAUAGUAAAAGUGGCAGUUUAAAGACUGCUUAUAACAUAUUCCAAAGAGUUGAGAACAAGACAGUAGCUACUUGGAAUUCCAUGAUGAUGGGGUUUGCCAUUUACAGCCUCGGAAAACAGGUGAUGUACCUUUUUAGGAGUAUGCAGAAGGAGGGAUUUCAGCCAGAUGCUGUAACUUUUACAGCCCUCUUGUCAAGUUGUAAGGCUUCAGGUUUACUUAAUGAAGGGUGGAGAAUAUUUGAUAAUAUGAAGUCACGUUAUGGUAUUGCGCCCUCGAUUGAGCAUUAUUCAUGUAUGGUUGAUCUUCUUGGGAAAUGUGGUUAUCCUGAUGAAGCCUGGGAGUUAACGAAAUCAAUGCCAUAUAAACCAGAUGCUGCUGUGUGGGGGGCAUUGCUUGGAUCUUGUCGAGGGCCUGAUGAUAUUGAGCUUGCAGAGGUUGCUGCAAAUAAGCUCUUCAAAUUAGAACCAACCAAUCCUGUUAACUAUGUUAUGAUGAUGCAUUUGUAUGUAAUGUUAAAGAGAGCAGAAGAUGCGGAGCGUGUAAGAAUGUUAAUGGAAGAUGGCGGAGUAGGAUUAGGAAAUGCUUGGAGCUGGAUAGAAAUAAAUCAGACGGUCCAUGUGUUUUGUGCAACAGGAAAGCCUCAUCCUGAUGAAGGGGGGAUAUAUUAUAAUUUAUAUAAGCUGGUUUCAGCAAUAAAGGAGUUGGGAUACGUAGCAGAUACCAAAUGUGUGCAUCAGAAGGUAGAUGAGGAAGAGAAAGAGAAAAUCCUGCUUGCUCACACGGAGAAACUGGCCAUUACAUAUGGACUGAUGAAGAGUAAAAGCUUUGUGCCUAUAAGGGUGAUCAAGAACGCAAGAAUGUGUUCCGACUGCCAUACCACAGCUAAAUAUAUUUCGCUAUUGAAAAGACGGGAGAUUUUUGUGAAAGAUGGUGCCAGAUUUCACUAUUUCAGCAAUGGAAACUGUUCCUGCAAUGAAUUAUGGUGAACCCCUCCUUGUAAUAUGAAAAAACGUUUGGUUAGAAAGAAAAUAGUACUAUUAAGUCGGAAUACCAUUAUGUCGUUUGUGAUAAACUAAUAGACUCGAUAUCAAUACUGAGAAUUCGGAAGAAAUUACACUAGUCAA